AUGGGCGAGCAGCCCGAAGUUAUCCAGGCAAGCACAGAACGAGACAAAACCCCCAAAUUGGUCAACCCCUUUAAGCGCCUCAGGGCGAGGCGCGACUUUGGCGAUGAUGAUGCUGCUGAUCGUGAUGUCGAUAAUGAUGAUGAAGAUGAAAAGGAAAAUGAUUUUGUGGAUGAAGACCAUGGCGAUGACGAUGACGACGACGAUGACGAUGAUGGUGGUGGUAACGACAUCAAACUCAUCUUCAGCAUAGACAAUGUCUCUCUCAUCUCCAACAUAGCUCAUUUCUCGUUCAUCUCCAACAUAGACCCCGAAUUCUACAUAGCUCACCCCCCCAUCUCCACCAUCUCCAACUUCUCCAACAUAUCCCGGAGCCCAUUAAAACUAACUGGAGUCCUCAUCUCGGCUGCACUGCGGGAGAGUUUAAUCCUGCGAAAUCCUGAAAUCCUGACCUGGCGUAGCGCGAAGGUCAAGCUGGGUCGCUUCCAAGUUGCAGAUGCAGAUAUAUCGCAACACUGCAGCAGCGUAGUGAUGUGUCUGCAACACUGCAAGAUCCCCAUCAGUGCCAAAACAAGUGACGUCUAG